AACCAUAAAAAAUCACAAUUUAAACAGGCACUUUGCAACUAUCAUAGUUAUCAGUUUAUCCUUUGCAGUGAGACAAGGAAACUCAUCUUUGAUUGCUUAGUUUUUGGGGAAGGUGUUGGAGCCUGUCAAUCAAUCGAUUAGCGGGAACAGUUGUCUUUCAGUUAUGCGUGUGAUUCAUUUUAGCUUUAAUAUAUAUACGUGGAAAAACCACAUCGCAUUGUUAAAUUUUUAAACGUUAAAUUAAUUUUGCUACGUAACUACAACGUCAUCAACAGCCUGGAUUAGAAACGAAAAAAGUUAUGGCGUGUGUACAGCGAGUUAGACCUCCACAGGACAUUCAGCUGUUGCCUAAUCAGGUUGUCUCAGAGCAGCAGUCGCUGGUUGUUAUCAAGAAGCUUCUGGCAAUCGCAGUGUCUGGCAUUACAUACCUUCGGGGCCUUUUCCCAGAGAAAGCGUAUGGGAGCAAGUAUGUUGAAGAUCAGAAAGUGAUGAUUCUUCGAGAUGAGCGAAGUUGUCCUGGUGCUAUGCAGAUUGUUAAGUGGAUUCAGGGAUGCUUUGAGGCCAUCGAGAAAAGAUAUCUCCGAAUAGUUAUUAUGUCGAUCUACACUGACCCAGACAACCCUCAGAAAGUGACAGAGUUUUACCAGUUUAGGAUUCACUACACUACCAAAGGAGCACAUAUGGAAAUUGACAGCAACAACAAGUUUUCUUCAGUGUCAUUUGGCAACACUAAGAAGGCCAGCAUCCUGCUGUUGAGAAAACUCUACUCUCUGAUGCAGAACCUGGGUCCUCUGCCAGACACUGUCUGCCUCAACAUGAAGCUAGCUUUCUAUGAGGAUGUCACUCCUCAGGACUACCAGCCAACAGGCUUCAAGGAGGCUGAUGUUGAAUCCUUAGAGUUUGAUAAGGAGCCGAUCAAACUGUCCAUGGGCGAAGUGGCAACCCCUUUCCACACUUUAAAAUUGGACAUGGCCACAGAAAGACACAGACUUGAGCAGGUGGAGGAGAGUGUUUCUGUGAAGGAGAAGUGGGUUCUGAAGAUAGAGAAGGAUGGCAUCUUGUCACAGAGCCAUAUCAUUGAAGAUGUGGAGGAGACUGACAAUGAAAGCACAAACCUGAACAACACUGGGUUCCAGGUGAGGUUUUGUGAAAAGGAGGUCACAAAGAUGGACACUCUGGUGAAGAAGACCUCUGACACAGAGGUGGGCCUGAAGAGGAGAAGUGGACGGAUCAUCAAAUCCACUACGACAAAACUGACUGUGAGCAACAACAAACCGAGAGCCAAGAAGAACAAGGAAAUUUCUCAGUUUGACAUUUCCAGCAGCCAGGAAACCCCUUCCACCUCCGCACCAAAGAAGAAACGCAAAUUCAGCGAACCCAAAGACGUCUACUGACCUCAGUGGAGAGGCUGGUUUGGUUGACUGUUUUUUAAACUUCACA